AGCGAUCGACCCGGAAAUAUUCUCAACCAUCUCAACUAUCAUAAUAUGUAUUUAGAACAGUCCCUCCUUACCAAUGAUAUUAUAGAUAAUACCAUUGCUCCUUAUCAUCAAUGCAAUCGAGCAGACAAAGGACAUUGAUAAAAAUCGCCCUAAGAUUUUCAAAGACUUACGGUCUUAUUCAUAAUCAUUUUUCACAUUUUAUCAAAUGCUUAUUAGAGGUUUAUAAAACGUUUGAUAAAAAUUGUUAUUCAUAAUCGUCAUUUAGCGCUAAAAUCCUCUUAUAACUGUGUGAUAAGUUAUCGAGAGCUCGGGCCUUGUUUAAAGCUCUAAUAAACCUAUUUUAACCUAACUUUUAUAAAUGUCAUUUCAUAUGAAUGUCACUUCGUUGGUUUAUUUAUUCAAAAUAUCCUUGCUGUGAUCCUUGCUUGUGAAAAUGAAUGCUAUAAAUGCAAUUGUGCAUUUAGCCAAUAAUGCCGACCCAGCGCGACGUAGAAAGCUCUACCGCCAACGAAGCAACCCAUUCGAUUUGCGGGACCUAAAUUUUAAAAUAAAAUAUAGGUUCAAUAAGGACACAGUGCGCACCAUCAUAGAUUUGGUGGAAGAUGAUCUGGUUCAGAGCGCUAGAGGUGGUGGCACGUGUCCUGAACUGCAAGUUUUAGUGGCCAUAAGAUGUUGGGGACGUCGUGAGGUACAAGAUGAUGCUGGUGACCUCCAUGGCCUAAGUCAGCCGACAGUGAGCCGGAUAUGCGCCAGAGUCGCGCAUGCAAUCGCGAAUAAGGCAAAUUCCUUCAUCAAAAUGCCUAUCACUAUAGGAGAGCAGGAAAGAAUUAGUGCCAAAUUUAGAGCAAUUAAAAAUUUUCCUGGGGUGAUAGGAGCCAUAGAUUGCACCCACAUUAAAAUUAAAAAAACCGGAGGUGACAUGGCCCAGUACUAUAUUAAUAGAAAAGGCUAUUAUUCCCUGAAUGUUCAGGUUGUCUGUGAUGCUGACCUCAAAAUAAUGGAUAUAGUGGCUAGAUGGCGAGGCAGUACACAUGACAGUCGAAUUUUUAUGGAGAGCAAUAUAAAACAACGAUUUGAGGAUAGGCAGUUUAGAGGACGCCUUAUUGGCGAUUCGGGCUACCCUCUUCUGCCAUAUCUAUUUACACCUAUUUUAAGGCCUAGUCGUCCAGAAGAAGAAGCAUACAAUAAUGCUCACAUCUCAACUAGGAACACUGUUGAAAGGUGUUUUGGGGUGUGGAAGCAGCGGUUCCAAUGCCUACUCCAUGGCUUACCAGUAAGCCUCCAAAAUGGAAAAGCUGUGAUCAUAGCAUUGGCUGUAUUACAUAAUAUAGCCAUUGAUAUGAAUGACACAUUGUUAGAACAACAUAUGGAGCAGGUCCCUGUAACUCCGCAACUUUCGACGGAGAACAGUGUUCACGACAACCGACCUUCAUUGUUGAGGCGUAGGUCGCAGUUGAUACUACAAAAUUUUAUAAAUCAACAUUUUUGAAUGAUACUGUUCCUGGC